UCCAGUCCUUCGCCUGAAUCCAGCUGGUACCCUUCCUGCCGUUGACGGGUAAGUGAGAACGAGAUGCAAAUAGUGAAAUUCCUGAAAGAGGUAUACGAGCGCUAAAAAGGUGGUUUAAAUUAUCACCGCUUGAGUUGCCUUUUAAAUGCUGGGAGGGGGGAAAUGAACGACCCUUAAUGUACGACAUGAGGCCGACUGGCGCGUUUGUCGUGACUGUAAGAGGGGGGAUUAUAGCACACAAAUUGACCCGGAGAUUUUAUUUAUGUUUUCAAUUAAAUACCGACGAUAUUAGCUCAUAGGAUAGCAAGCAGAUUAUGUUCGAAAAAUGAAUGUUAUCGAGCCGAAAGAAACGUGAUAUGGGUUCAAAAUUCAUCGCCUGCUUCGACUGCAGCAUCCGCCGUCUUCGCCUCGCAUUAUGACAGAUGUGUGUGGAUGUGCGGCCACUGCAGCUGCAACGGGCUACGCUAGCACCUGCUGCCCGUGCUUUUGAUAGAAAUGAAUGGAAACCUAGCUAGUCAGAGGUAAAGCAGCCAGUCAUUAAAACAGACAAGAGGGAUACUUCACUGCCACACAGAAGACUGCCACGGCUGGUUUAAAAUAACCCUCUAAAAACCAAUGCGACCCGUGUAGUGUGUGUUAGCACAAGUUAACAGGCAAGGUUGGCCUGUAAAGGGCCCAUUACCACUGAAGGGCCACCCUCCUCCCUCAGCUCUGUGAGCCUGACUGUGUGCAACCAUAGACAGCCUUAGGUUAUGUGUCAUAAUAACGUAAUAUGAAAUGAGUGUUACCCUGGCAUAUCUUCAGUUGCCUAAAAAGAGCAUAAAAAGGUGGUUACUCAGCACCACAUGAAAGCUGAGCCACAUAACAGAGAUCCAGCAUGGCCGCCUCUUUUCCCAGUGAGCUGUCACUGUAAAGGAGCAGCUUUCGAGUCAGGUCAGCUGCCUGCCGGGUGUGAAGUAUACGUUUCCUGGCUUUCCUCUGAGGGGGCACGGCUGUGAGCCGUAAGGGAGGUGCCAAUGCUGAGAGGUGCUUUUGAACAGCUACUGUCACACCACAUGUUUCUUUGUGUGUGUGUGUGUGUGUGUGUGUGUGUGUGUGUGUGCAUGUGCAUGUGUGGUUUCGACUCUCUAAACGUGGUUCACGGUUUGUUUUGGCUGCUUGUUGCUAUGUAUAGCAACAAAGCAGCCCGUGUAACAGUUUUGUUGCAGUUGUGCCCCCACCUCCUCUCCUCCCGAGUCAUCAUGGGAAACAUCUUUGGGAACCUGUUGAAGAGCCUGAUAGGCAAGAAGGAGAUGAGGAUUCUCAUGGUGGGGCUGGACGCUGCAGGGAAAACCACCAUCCUGUACAAGUUGAAGCUGGGGGAGAUCGUCACUACCAUCCCCACAAUUGGUUUCAAUGUAGAGACAGUGGAAUACAAGAACAUCAGCUUCACUGUGUGGGACGUGGGUGGCCAGGACAAGAUCCGUCCUCUUUGGAGACACUACUUCCAGAACACCCAGGGUUUGAUCUUUGUGGUGGACAGCAAUGACCGCGAGCGGGUCAACGAAGCUCGAGAGGAGCUGAUGCGGAUGCUGGCUGAAGACGAGCUGAGGGAUGCUGUUCUUCUAGUCUUUGCCAACAAACAGGACCUGCCCAAUGCCAUGAACGCCGCAGAGAUCACAGACAAGCUGGGCCUGCACUCCUUACGUCACCGCAACUGGUACAUUCAAGCCACCUGUGCCACCAGUGGGGACGGCCUGUACGAGGGUCUGGACUGGCUGGCCAAUCAGCUGAAGAACAAAAAGUGAAGGGCCGGGUCAGUAAAGUGGGGAAGAGCCUGGGUGCCAGCUCCAGGUUGUGGUUAUAGGGGUUCCAUUGUGUUUACAUAGAGAGGAAAAAUGCUGAAAAGCUCCCAGGGGGUGACUCUCAGUGGCUUUCUCCCCUCCCACCAUCUCCCCCCCACCAUCCACCCUCGAAAUACUUCUUUAUUUUUUUUCCGUUCUUUGAUUAAUUUGAUUUGUUUGAAUCUGUGGUGAGCAUUUUUAAUCAUUUACAAGCAAACUUUAUCUAAGUUUUUUACAAUCUAUAAACAAAUAAAUAUGUACUGUAUAAUAUUACUGUAAAGGUAUAUGGAUUUGCUCUACUUUGCAGACCUCCACCAACAUUUAAUUAGCUCAGCAAUUGUGAUGGAUCUCAAAUCGUGAUGGCAGAGCAGCCUUCCCUCAGAAACUACAGACCUGGUGUAAAUUACAAAGAAUGUCAUAAUAUUAUAGUGGGAGUACUAUUACUAUUAUACUCGUACAGAUAAAUGUAAUAUAACUGUCCAUACUGCAACCAAAUUAUGCUCUUCAUAGAUCAAAACUUUUAGCUAUGAUUUAGUUUUAUUUAUGCUGAAUUAAACAAAAUGUGUCAACUUUCUGGACAGUCUGAAACAAUAUAUUUAAUAUUAAUAUUUAUUGAUUUUUUUUUUUUGCGUCAUAUAGUUUCUUUCCCUUUAUUCUAAUGUGCAUUUACUGCUAAAGGCAGCUAGUUAAAAAAAAGAAAAAGAAAAGAAACCCCAGUAUCACUGUACAUUACUGCUUCCCAAUCUGCAUGGAGAUAUCCCAGUACUGGCUCGUGGGCUUGCAACAGGCCGCUGCUGUAAAUAAAGAUUUGUUCUAGUUGAGUUGCCUGGCACAAACGGGGUUAAAACAGUUUGUCUGGCAUCAGCGAGGUGUGAUAUCUAAAGUGAUACAGAUGACAGAACAGGCACUCUGUACCAGCUCUGUGGCUCAGAAAAAAAAAAUGCUGCUAUUGGCCUGCCCUGUGGAGAGUGAUGCAGCACAGCAUGUGACUGGCAAUAUUAAGAGAGCUUACAUAGUUUUACAUUUUUGUUUUUAUUUUUCAAUCCGUUUGUGCAGCAUCGCUUCUCAUGCGGAUUUAUCCACCCUUAACUGGCAUGACAUUAUGCGUGUCUCGCUAUUUCAUGUUGCACAAAAUUACUCUAGACUCACUGUUGUUGUACAGAAGGUGUUGUCUGUUUUUUUUAAAUGGGGUGUUUCUUUAUUUUGUUGAGUUAUUUUUUCCUUAAUUAGCUAAUUAGAUCAGACUGUUGCAUUUUUUUGUUUUGGGGUUUUUUUGGGGGGGAGUUUGUUCACAAAAAAAAUAAUAAAAUAAGGAGAGAGGAUGAUAGUAAUACUGCAUCGUAAGGCAUGUUAAUACUGUACAAGAUCUGUAAUAAAAGCGAAUUAUAAUA